AUGGUUAUUGGGCGUUUCAUGGCUGGAUCUGGGACUAGCGUUGGGGUCACGCUUACAUCUUCUGUACUCACAGAUAUGUACCGGGCAGAGCACCGAGGAAAGUCACUCGCCAUCGCAACCUUCUUCCCGUAUCUAGGCCCGGCAAUAGGACCUAUACUGGGUGGCGUUAUCUCCCAAAAUUUAAGGUGGGAGUGGUCCUUUUGGAUUCUCUCACUCUUCGAGGGUGCAAUUACUUUGAUUGGUAUCUUAUUUUUCACUGAAUGCUAUACACCUGCCCUUCUCCGGCGCAAAGCCUUGGCCCAGCGGAAGGAUGCUUUAUUGCUAAGACACAGCCUGUGGGGAAUAAACUUCUACAGGGACCUGUUCAUUCAAAUGAAGCCUCAUAUUCUACGACCAAUACAGCUCAUGACUUACGCCAGUUUAUGGAUCGAUCGAUACAAUGAGAGCGAAACAAUAAGCAGCCUCAACUAUAUUGCCUUCGCAAUUGGAACAACAAUUGCAACCCAAGCUGGGGGACCGACGAUGGAUUGGAUAUACCGAAAACUUCGUGAAAAGAACGAAGGCAAAACAAGUCCUGAGUUUCGGGCCCCUUUUCUUGCACCCGGUGUCAUAUUAGUUCCCGUUGGCUUAUUUUGGUAUGGCUGGUCUGCUGAGAAAGCUACGUCAUGGGUGCUUGUUGAUGCUGGAGCCGUGAUUUAUACAUGUGGGAGUUUUGUACUUGCACAAGGAAUGUUAGCAUAUCUGCUUGAUGAAGUUGAACAUGCGGCGUCUGCGAAUGCGGCCGGUCGAAUGCUAUCAAACAUCUGUGGCUUCGCCUUCCCGAUCUUUGCACCGCAGAUGUAUGAUAAGCUGGGAUAUGGAUGGGGAAAUAGUUUGCUGGCGUUUGUGUUCAUUGCUCUUGGAGUACCCACGCCAUUUCUGCUAUGGAUCUGGGGGUCAAAGCUGAGAGCAUUGGGCAAGAAGUUGUGA